AUGCCUAACAUUUCCAUGGUCAUAGAGGAUACAAUGGAAAUUCGAACAGCCCCAGCUGUUACCUUGUCAUCAUCGUCUGUGUCGUCGUCGAUCUCGUCGACGAUCUCGUCGACGUCGUCUUCGACAACAUCGGUCCAGAAUGGUGGGAUUAUUAGAAUAAGGAAUAAGAAACUAAUUAAUGGCAUAUCACGUUCAUCUUCACAAAACAAAGCUAAUUGUAUCUCUCCUUUGAAUGUGCUAAAAAGUCCUCGAUCAGUAAGGACUAAGCCAAGCAGACUAAGGCUGGGCGUCGGGGAUACCAAGAAUCUGAUGUAUAGCAACAAUAACCAGCACAUACGGUCUCAGCAACCAAACCAUCUACAAUUGGGUAUCAUGAAUAGCAAUAAUCAUGCUGAUUUCUAUAUUCAAGGAAAUAACAAUAAAGGGAAAAAAAAGUCAAACACAGGGUAUAACGAUAACCAUUUUCUACGAGACUGUGAACCAGAUUCCAGAAAUCAAGCGUAUGUGAAUUGUGAUAUCAACAAUAACACUGCUACCGACAGGUAUUCAGAAAGAAUGAAAAGUAAAAACAAGAACAAGACUGUACAGAUAGCUCAACUCGAGGAGGACGAAAUUACAGACAAAGAUCUUGCAAGUUUUAGAUUCUAUGGAAUAUUAUUACUUUGCGGUACAACUCUCUAUUUUGUCAUUGGCAUGGGGUCAUUAUUCAAUAUUUGGAGUCCUUUAUAUCAACGUACUUCAGGUCGCAAGGGUCAGCUGGGUGGCCCAAUGAAUAGAACGAUGGAUUAUGGAUUUCCAGUAGAUAACUAUUACACUUAUGUGAUUUUGUUGUGCCCUGCAAUAUUCUGGGUAUGGUGUAUUGUUUCUUGGGUAGGAAUGAAGUUAUUUCGUCAUGCAAAGGGUAUUGCAAAUACUUAG